AUGGAUCGACGUAGAGACGAAGGGAGAAGAAAAGAGACCUAUAAAUGGGUGGCGAACGUCGGGACAAUUCUUGGAUUCUUCGGCAAUUACCGGUUAAGUGAGUUUUUCUGUAAUCCUGCGAUAUCCCAGGAUCUCGCCGCGAGUGUUAUCCAAAGCAUCAUUCUUGCGAUUACUGUCAACGCGAUUUCUGGACUUGGCUCGGCUUGAAUCGAGCCCGCCUUGAACUCGAGGCCUUCUCUCUAGCGACGACAAAUUGCGAAAAUGCGGGAGACAGCCAGGAGAAAGGAAACGAGGGAAAGAAGAAGCAAGCGGAAGCGUUUAUUAUGUAAUUUAUUAUGUUUUUUUCUUGUACGUUUAUCGUAAUUUAUAGUAGAGAGAAAAUAAAAUUUAUUAGGUAAAUAUACAUGAAUAUAUAUAUAUAUAUAUCAAUUGAUAUUAUAUCGUUUUGAUUUAUUAUUAACUUUAACGAAAAAUGUUGCAGAUACCCACUCGCGAUCUUCAUUCACAAGGUAUUAAAUACUAUCGUUUGAGGCAGUCAUUAUGAAC